AUGGUGUUGCGCGGUGAGAUGACGUCGACGACGACGAGACCGGAGCGAUCGAAGACGACUCUCCACAAUUUCACGCUCCCGAACUUGAAGUGGGGGAGUCAGCGGCAUCUCAAGUGCAUGAAGAUCGACUCUAUGAUGAGCAGCGGCAGCGGUUCCGGCGGCGAUCACCGACUCCGACGCCGAUCUCCGCCUUUCAAAUUCGCCGGCUCGAUCCCGUUUCGAUUCGGCGAGGCCGAGCGUCGGAGCAGCGGCGAUUACAGCCGGUCGAGAGACGCGCCGUUCGAAUCGGUCGAAAACGGCGGCGAGGGAGAAGGGAUCGAGGAGUUCAGGGUGAAGAUUAUGUCGGAUCUGAAGACGGUGAGGGAUAAGAUCACGCAAUCGAUGUUCAGGAAAGACGACGGUGCCGAGGAGCAGGACGAAGAACGGAAAACCGACGAGUCCGGGCAAGAGAAGGAGAGAGAGACGGAGAUUUCUCCGGUGAAGCCGUGGAAUCUGAGGAAGAGGAGAGCAGCGUGUAAAGAGCCGAUUUCCGGUAUCCAGUACAACGGCUUGAACCAAAUCAAAAACGGAUUCGUUGCGAUUGAGGAGAGGACAGUGAAUCCGUCGCCGCCGUCGAGAAACGAUUCGGCGAGGUUGAAGGAAAGAGGAGGCGGAGUGGUCGAAGCCGAGACGUCGAAAGAGAUGAUGCGGCCGAAGUUCUCCGUGAAGCUCUCGAAGAAGGAAAUCGAAGAGGAUUUCAUGGCGACGCUAGGUCACCGACCACCGCGCCGGCCGAAGAAGCGGCCAAGGACCGUCCAGAAAAAACUCGAUAGCUUGCAUCCUGGGUUUUAUUUGACUGAAGUGACGCUUGAUGCAUAUAAGGUCCCAGAGGAAACGAAGAAUCCGCAGAGAUGA